CAAGAUGAACGUUCAUAGAAAUUACUAUCAAAUGCAACUGGAGAAACAUCCUCUUGCGCCGAAGGAGGUUGAGGUCAGUGAACGUCAGCUAUCCAGGUAUCGAGCACAAGUUCGUCGGGGGCAAGGCAGCUGCGAUUUCGACGAUCAUUGCUCCUACACAGGCGAGUUUGAGAAUGGGGAACUGAACGGCAAAGGAGUAUACUCCUUCAAUGACGGGAGCAGGUACGAAGGAGAAUUCAAGAACGGCUUGAUGCACGGACAUGGCGUCUACUCAGUCACAGGAGGCCAUCGGUUCGAAGGGACUUACCGUGAGGGCAAGCGCGACGGGCAGGGAGUUGUCGUGUACGCCAACGCAGGGAUACGAUAUGAUGGAGAGGUGAAGGACUCGAGCUUGAAAGGAAGAGGUAAAUUCUUCUUUCCCAACGGUAAUCGUGAUGUAUACGAGGGCGACUUCGAAGCCAAUCUCCCCCACGGGGAAGGGACGUACAGGUUCGCCAGCGGGACUGUUUACGAAGGACAGUUCAGAGCAGGAAGAAUCCAUGGCGAAGGAAAGUUUGAAUUUCCAGAGGAUGCAGUGUACGACGACCAAGAGUAUCUUCCUCCUGGAUUGAGCAUCCCCGAGAAGCUCCGGAUUCCGGGAGGACAAACGCCUGGUCAGUUUGUCAACGGCAAGUUCGUUGAACCUUCGCUCGUGGAGGUGGAAGAGGCGGUUGAGAACGCCGAGGGUCAAGACUCGCAGGCGGAUGAGGGGGAAGGAAGCCUGGAGGAAGCUACGGUCGAUUCCAAUCAUCCUCAGAGCGCAGCUGGCGAUGGGCCCCCGUCGACGGCUGGCAUGGAAGGAGGAGACGCAGAAACCGCGUCAGUGCACAACGAAGAGUAGCAGACUCUGGCACUUUCGAGGCAAGCAGCAAGGGUCUCUUCGUCCCUAUAAAUCAUCUCCGAG